CAGGCCUAAAGUACGCUACGUCACAGUGCUGUGCGAUGACACUCCUCCAUAAUACUAGCUAUCGGCCGCGCGAUGUAGAAAGGACAACAAAUGUCCCUCCUUUCGUGUAGGUUGGUCCGCAGUUCAAGCUUUCAAGCCGCAUGACUUGCUGGACACAGCCUUCAAGGUACAUGUGGAAAAUCUGCGCAGCAACGGUCCAUGAGAGAUUCCGCCUUUCCGUCGGAACUAUCAGGGCUGAACGUUAAAUGAGCACAGCUCGACGAUUACAGGAAUUACCACCCGCCCUAGACCUGCUAUCCGGGUGACUGCAUGCUCAGGAAAGUGGCUCUUGUUGUUCGCUUGGCUUUGUUGGCAAGAAACGACUGAGUUUGAAUUUAUCGGCUUGAGUGUGCAUCCGAGCACUACCAAUACUAACAUACUUUUAAAGAGCAUCUGGAUUUCUAGCUAGCCCAUGACAAGUACAGACAGAAAAUAUUGGCUUAUGAAAGCCGAGCCAGAUUCGCGUGUAGUGAAGGGCAAAGAUGUCAAGUUCAGCGUAGAUGAUUUUGAAGCUGCAAGGACGACGCCGUGGGAAGGGGUGCGGAACUUCGAAGCACGUAACUUGAUGAAGGAAAUGUCCAUUGGAGACAAGAUAUUAUUCUAUCAUUCCAAUUGUAAAGGCCCUGGCAUCGCUGGGUUUGCUGAGGUGUCAAAGGAAGCGUACCCCGACUGUACGUCCUGGAGAUAUAAAUAUCCAAAACAUCUUUCUCAUAGGCUCAAAACUAAACGAGAUGAUCCGAAGUGGUUUAUGAUAGAUGCUACAUUCCUAUCUCGCGCUGAACAUUUUGUCCCGCUGUCUCUUCUCCGCCACAUCGCAGAAUCGGCGAAAUCGGACCUACCAGAUGAAAUUGCGUAUAUAGGCACGGAUGGAAUGAAAGCUGUGAAAGCGAUGCCCCUUGUCACACGCGGACGUUUGAGCGUUCAACGGGUCAGUCAGGAAUGUUGGGGGAUCAUCCAGAUGAUGUCAGAAAAAGGUGGUUGGGAGGAAAUGACAUUCGGGAAGAAAAAACCGAGUACAUCAACACGCCCAAGACAGCCUGCCACAAAGAAUUCUAGGGCGAAAACAAAUCCAACGAACAACGGCGGCGGUGGCAGCGAAGUUGAGGGGAAGGUUGAUGCGAGUGAAGAGCCCGACAUAAAACCAAAGAAAGGCAAGAAAAGGAAGGCAUCUGAUGUCGAUACUGGAACUCAGAAGGUCACGGUACCUCACCGACGCUCCGUUCGGACUAAGAAGGAGGAUUGA